AUGACAGCAUCAGGCAAAUUCACUGUAGGCACUGCAUGGGAACUUCUGAGGAGCAAAGCAGUCAAGUCAGAUGUCUUUAAGAACAUGUGGAUAUCAGGUGUACCUUUUAAGAUAUCUUUCUUUUUCUGGAGGUUGUGGAAGUACAAAAUACCAGUUGGAGAGGUAGUAAAGAGGAUUGGGGUAGAUACUGAGGCAAGAUUUUAUUGUUGUGAUCAUAGGCAAUAUGAAACUGUGGAUCAUUUGUUUGUUACAGGAAAUAUUUCUAAAAAAGUGUGGACUUAUGUUAAAACUGCUAUUGGCAUCACAACACAAUUUCAACAAGUCAAGCAGAUUCUUCAAAUAUGGAAGUGGAGGAAUAAAGUCCUACAUGGAGGGAAGAUGUCCAUCAACAAAGUGAUUUAUGAGAUAAACAUGAUCAUAUAUCAAAUGUGUAGAAUGAGGUUUCUAGGGCAGAACAACUUACCAAGAUGCAUACCUCAAAUCCUACAAGUCUUUGAAGCAUACAGGCCAAGAAUUGUCAGCAAGAUGGUGAAAUGGGAAUUUCCUAUGCCAGGGUGGUUUAAAUGUAAUUCUGUUGGAGCUUCUAGGGUGAUUUCCAGUUUGCAGCAGCAAGAAGGAUAUCAGAUGGCUGAAGCAAGGGCACUACAUAAGGGUCUUAAGUAUUGUGUUACAAACAGUCUGUUGCCAAUGGUGAUGGAAACAGACUCAAUGACUAUGGAGAUGGUCUUAAAUGGACAGUGGGACACUCCAUGGAGUAUGUCAAUGAUCAUAAAUAAUAUUUCAAGGUUGAGGAGGGAUAAGGAAGUAAGGGUGGAGCAUGUUCUGAAAGAAGGAAAUGGCCUGGCUAAUUAUUUAACUAACUAUGCUUUUGAUUUUGCAGGUGAUCACCAUUUUCAUAGUUUUGCUUCACUUCCUGUGAAAGCAAGGAAAAUUCUAAACACAGAAAAUCCACAUAUACCAUACAUGAGGAUCAGGACAGCUAAGGACCAUCAUAUUCCUGGAGAUUAA